AUGCCCAGGAAACAUCCCCCCGGGGACACGUACAUGUGGGUCAGGAUCCCGGGGAACUUGGGGUUCAGUCAGUUCUGGGUUGAGACUAAGGAGCGGCCUGAGGGCGCAUGCGCGGAGCGCGGGCAUUGUCACGUGCUGCCGUCCGGCUCGCGGUCUCCUGGGAGUGGCCGGAGCGGUCCGGGCGGCGGCGCGCGCGGUGGCUGGGGGACAGCGGCAGCCGAGCCGCCGAAGCCCUCGAGGAUGGAGGUCCUGGACGAGUUCGACAGCGAGUUCCCCCAGACUGUGACCUUCUGCCAGCUCAUCUCCGAGGAGGACUUUGAGAGGCAGGCGGCGACCUACACGGAGCGCGCGCUGCGCCGCCUCUUCCGCAGUCUCGACCGCAACCCGGCGCUGGCCGAGCGCGCGGUGCGCAAGGGCAAGCAGGCCGAGUGCGAGCGGCGCGGGCUCCUCUCCUUCCUCUGGGCCAAGGCGUCGUGUGCGGUCCAGGGGGAGCUGAACUGCUGUAACAGCAUGGGCGCCCUGGAGAUGCACCAGCGCUUGGAACAGCUGAAGAGACGCAUCCACCGCGUGCACCUCUACUCCCAGGAUGCCAAGAAGAGGAGGAGGAGGUGGAGACCGAAGAAACCGGAACGCGUCGUCUUGCGGGACCGCUCGACCUCCCCGUGCCUGCCCCCAGCCCUGCCGCUGCCCACACCACCGCUGCCGCCUGCCGCCUCCAAGGCCUCCACAGCGGCCCCGCCACCCGCUGUCUACACUAUGCCCAGGGUCUUUGGCCCCUUCGCUCCGCUGCCCAGCACAUCGCUGGAGAAAGUGGAAGUUUCGAGGUCUGAAGUGAAAUUAAACUGGACUUGCCUGUCAUCAAACCCAAAGAGCCACAUGGUCGACCUGACCCCCCUGGUCCUCAAUCCUGGGGGCUUCCACUUCUCGUACCUGACCAGGAACAACGCGCACAAGCUCCACUUCCCCUGGACCUCAGUCUGUAGUAGCCCUGCCGCCCCCGAGGAGAUGCCGUCCUCAUCUGUGAAGGCUUCCAUCUUCACCCCGCCUGUCCUGCUCAAGUUCCAGCCUGUGCCCAGACCCAAAGAUGACUCAGAGAAUGACCCUGGCAGCACAGAGUCUGUGCCCCACCAGAGGGACCAGUCACCUCUUCUGUGCAGACCACAGCCAGAGGAUGAAUAAAUCCCCCUGCUGGUGUCUUCCCA